AUGAAAUGCAGACGAUUCCAUGCGUCCCUACCUACUCUUCGUGGUACUACUUUGAAUCUAUACUCCCUUUUUACUUCGGUUGUCAAACAUGGUGGUUACUCCAAAGUCACAGAAAAAGACCUUUGGGAGGCGGUCUCAAAGGAUAUUGGAUGUCCAUCGGCCUGUGUAAAUUACAGUGUUGCUCUGCGCCGCGUCUACUGUCAAUAUCUGAUCGCCUUUGAAAAUGAGUCCUAUCCACAUCUCAAGAAUGACAGCUUGUGGUCGCAAAUUCAGGAUGAGUUUCAUGAAAAUUCCGGUGAUGUCUUCACUCCUCCGUCCGUAGAAAGGAUGCUCGGAAUUUUCAACCCUAAGCCAGCACCCAUUCAUUAUGGGAUGCAUCGUUCGGUUACCCAUCUUGGAUUCAUUAAUAGGGAUUUUUAUCCAUCUCAUCGCUACAACCAGGAUUCCCGAGUCCCCUCUCCCUUCGACCAGCUUCCUCCUUCGCAGCAGUUGGAGGAGCUGCAUUCGCGGCCACAUCCAGAUAACUUCUUUGGGUUGCGUCACGUCUCCGUCUUGGAGACCGCUGAAAAGUCUCUCAUGUCAGGUCUUCCGAAUGAGGUUGAUUUAUCGCUUAAUUCGGUGCUCUUUCUUUCCGCCGUGGUGCAUCCCUCCCCAGCCACACCCCUUCGGUUAAGCAGCAGUCGAAACCUCCUGCAACUCAUGCUCGCAACCGUGGGGGUAUAUGAGGACGGUGGGUGCUGUGCCUUCCUCCUCUCUCUCAUUUAA